AUGACAGUAGCAACAGCAAAAACAACGAGUUUUCCACGUGGUAAGAAGCUUCAGACUUCAAGUUCAAAGGCUGUCACGUCUGUAGCUACACCAGGUGAGACGUUAUUCGGUAAACGCGGAUUGGCUGCGACAUCAACUGAGGAACAGCCAAGGAAAAAGAAGGCGAAGAAAGUAGCGGGAGUUCAUACCGACAAGAAGAACAGCAGCAGCAAUGAAGAGUUGAAAGGUGGUAAGGCUUCACUAUUGAGCUUCAAGACAGUGCGCAAGGGCAUGCUGUUACUGGGCUGUGUACGCCAAAUCACAGACGGUCAGGACCUAAUGAUUAGUCUACCGAACAAAUUAAACGGCACAGUGACUCUAUCCGAGUGUUCGGAUGAGUUUUAUGAACUUAUGCAGAGUCAUAAACAGCAAAAGAUACAGCAGAACGAGGACCAAGAGCUGCCACAGCUCAGUUCUAUUUUCCAGAUUGGCCAAUUCGUGUCUUGCGUGGUAGUAGCGACGUCUAAAGCAGACAAACGGAAACAGAUUCAAUUGUCGUUACGCACGUCAUUAAUUCAUGCAGAGCUUGGCCCUAGCAGUCUUGUGAAAGGUGCCUCGCUGCACGCUACAGUGUCGUCCGUUGAGGACCACGGGGCGAUUGUCAAUGUCGGUAUCCGUGGCGUGCACGCCUUUGUGCCCCGUAAAGAGCUCGUGACAUCCGUGCUGAAAGGUCAACACUUGUUUGUUAAUGUGCUGUCUAUGAACACUCACACCAACACGGCCACUGUGACGACCGACCGGAGUCAGGUUGUCAAAGCGGUUACGCGGGGUGACUCGUUCUCACUAAAGCAGCUUGUACCAGGCAUGCUGCUCAACGUCCGCGUUGAAGAAGUCCUGGAGAACGGCCUGAGCGUGGCGUUCCUUACUUUUUUCACAGCAACCGUAGAGCAGAACCAUAUGAGUCUGCCCUGUGAGCGGGGCUGGGAAGAAUCGUACCGCAAGGGUAUGAAGGCUCGUGCACGUAUCAUGACCAUCGACUACGUUGCCAAGCAGAUUACGCUGUCUAUGGCCCCGCAUGUGGUGCACUUACAAGUGCCGGAGGCGCCCUUUUCGGUGGGCGACAUCGUUGAAGAGGCCACCAUCGAGCGGAUUGACGCCGGUGUUGGAAUGUUGCUGUCGCUAAAGAGCAAGGACGAAGACGUCAAGAUGGAGGAUGCCAGUGAGAAGAAGGAAUCGACCACAAACACAAAAUGGAAAGCUUUUGCCCCCGGAUAUGUGCAUAUUUCCAACGUCUCCGACAAGCGCAUCGACAAGCUCGAGAAGAAGUUUACUGUGGGCUCCAGCAUCAAGUGCCGCGUGCUUGGAUUUUCGCCUUUCGACGCCGUCGUGAACGUGACCUGUAAGGAACACUCGAUUUCGCAGACUGUGCUGCGUCACAAGGACCUUAAGCCCGGAGCCAAGGUCAGCGGCAAGAUUCUGUCCAUUGAGCCGUGGGGCAUUUUGAUGGAGAUCAGCGAGGGUGUGCGUGGCCUGGUGACUCCGCAGCAUAUGACGGCUUUUUUGCUGAACAAGAAAACCAACAAGAAUGACAAGUACAAGGCUGGCAAGACGGUGAGCGCUCGUGUGCUGCAUGUAGACCAUGAAGCAAAGAAGACGUUCUUGACAAUGAAAUCGGGAUUGCUGGCUUCGGAGCUUCCCAUCCUCAGCUCGUUCGAGGAAGCGACGAUGGGCUUCAUUGCUCACGGUUUCAUCACAAAAAUUGCUGAAUACGGUGUCAUUGUUACCUUUUACAAUAAUGUGUACGGUCUGGUGCCCAUGGGUGUACUCCAGCAGGCUGGCAUUACCAAUCUCGAGGAGGCUUAUGUCCUUGGUCAAGUGGUGAAAGCGCGCGUGACACGUUGUGAUGCCGGUAAGAAGCGGCUGAUGCUGUCAUUCGAUACGACGUCAAAAAGCUCGGGCAACAAACCGACUGCCGCCCCGGAAAGUGCUACGAAGCUAGUGGGAACGACGAUCAGUAAUGUCAUGAUUACAGACGUAGAGUCCACGUGCUUCCGCGUGCAGACGAAAGAUGGAAUGGAGGGUGUGCUCCCGUUCGUGCAGCUGACGGACUUCCCACGCGACACCUCACUGGUGGACGAGAUAGUGAAGCGCUUCAGCGCUGGUGAUGUAAUUUCGGAGCCGCUGCUCGUUGUUUCUGAGGAAUCUGACGGUAUUCUGACACUCUCAAAGAAGCCACUACUGCUCGAGUUUGCCUCACGUCAUGCCAUUUUGCCACGUACCUUUGGUGAUGUGCAGGAAAACGCUGUCCUUAUUGGUUACGUGACGUCUGUUAAUGUCUCGAAGGGUGUGUUCGUGAAGUUUUUGAACAAUCUUGUAGCAGUAGCCCCGAAGGGAUAUCUAAAGGAGCAGUUUGUCGAGCGGAUUGAAGAAGGCAUGUUUGAAAUUGGUGAGACUGUGACAUGCUGCGUCGAGAAUGUAGACAAAGAAAAGAAGCAGUUUAUUGUUGGGUUUAAACAGCGCAACUUCGUGCUGCCUACAAACAGUACCAACAAGGCUCGUCCAGCCUUUUUCCAGGCGUACCUUCGUGAGCAGGCUUCUUUGUGUAACGCUGCCAUAGUCAAGAAAGCUCCGUUUUCUCUUGGUAAGACAGAGAAGGCGGAGUUUGUCGGUGUCCGCCCAUAUGGUGCUGUGUUCGCCCUGGAAAAGGAUGACGAGACUGUAACGGUGUUAGUGCCUUCGGUGACAGAGAAAACCAAUGAGUGGAAUGAGGGCGACACUGUUAAGCUGCUGCUGACGGACUACGAUUUUAGUAAGAAUGUGUACUACGGUACUAGUGACGAUCCACUGGUCAAGAACGGAUCAAAGCGUUCACGUAAACAAAAGCAGCGCAUUAAGGCAGGGGGAAAGAUCGCAGCUGCUACUGUGCUGGCUGUUGGAUCCACGGAGAAGUACACAGUGGUGUCAUUCCCUGACCCCCAAAACUCUGAUCUGCUACAGUUUGGCGUGGUGGAAAUGUGUGACUUUUGGUGUCCGUCGCAGACCAGCAGCCAAUUUGGCAUUGAGGUGGGCGUGUCUCUGGAGUGUCGUGUCGUCCAACCUUCGCUGAAGAGCGGCUCGAACUCGACUCCCUUCAAUGAUUUGGUUUUACUUGCACUGGAGAAAGAAAAGCUAGUGGCAAAGGCGAAGGGCGUUCCACGCAAGUCAUCGUCCAGGCUGCCUAAGUACGCGCAGGAUGAUCUCGUGCUAGGUAACACGCUGACCGGUGUCAUUGUGAGUAUUUCCGAGAGUUCGAUGGAGAUUCGCGUGGAGACCUCCAAAAAGAUCGGGAAGGUCCGCACACUGGUGUCCAUUGUUGAUGUCGAUGAUAUCGACAAAGACGAGAAAUCUGGUCACUCGCACCCUUUUGACAGGUAUUCUGUCAAUACUACAGUUACGGGUCGUGUAAUCGCCGUUACCGCAAAGGGAGCCAACAAACUCAAGGCUGUCAGCGAGGAAAACCCUGCAAAGUUCCACGCCCUGCAGCUGUCACUGCGUGCAGAGGACGUGGCUGGUGAUGAAAAAGUGAACGACGUGCAGCGAUUUGUUCGCCCGGAUUGGCUGGAGGGCAGCGCGGGUCGUGCACUACUGAAGGAAGGCAACACCGUGCAGGGUGUCGUCUCGGAGCAGUCCAUAAACUACUUGAGUAUUAAACUUAGCAGCAAUGUUACGGGCACUCUAAGCUGCAUUGAAGUGUCGGACGACGUGAAUGCAGUGCGUGCGUUUCAGGACGACUUUCCUGUGGGCAAGCGCGUCAAGUGCUUCGUGCUCCAAGUCGACGCCGAUAAGAAGGUGGUAGACUUGUCUAUGAUUCGCUCUUCCUCAGCCCAGGACAAGGCUGUCAUGAAGCCCGGAACGAUUGUGAACGGUGUCAUUUCGACCAAGAAAUCGACCAUUCGUCCACCUUCGAUUAUGGUGCAGCUUGGUACCCACACAUUUGGUCGCGUGUGCAUUACUGAGCUCUUGGCUGAGUGGGAAAAUAAUAUGCUGGAGCUGCCUCAAUUUGCGGCUAACAAGGUCGUGCGCUGUGUUGUACUAUCGACUACAGACAGCCACAUUGACUUGUCUCUGCGUUCGGAUGCACUGGAGAAUCCGAGUGAGUACGCCAAGAAGACGUCCAAGCCAGUAGAACAUAGCAUAGGCGACUUGGUGCCCGCGAUUGUGGCUACUACCACAAUGAGUGGAUGCUUUGUGCGUCUGGAUCGUCACACAACAGCCCGUGUGAUGCUCCGUGACCUCAGCGAUGACUUCGUGAAGGACCCGCAGACUCAAUUUCCUGCUGGCAAGCUGGUAGCUGGCCGAGUUACAAAGAAGUCGGACCGCGGUCUGGAGCUCAGUCUGAGGACGUCUGUCGUCUCGGAGGACGUGUCGAUGUUCAAGUGGAACGAUUUAAAGGAGGGUUUGACGGUCAAGGGCACGAUCACGAAGGUGCAAGCGUACGGCGUUUUUGUUCGUAUUGAGAAGAGCACAAUCAGUGGUCUAUGCCACAUUUCAGAGGUUGCAGACGAUAAGGUGACGCAGCCGCUGGAUCAGAUCUUCUCGGAGGGCGACUACGUUAAAGCAAAGGUGCUGAAGGUUGAAAACCGUCGUGUGUCGUUUGGACUGAAGCCAUCGUAUUUCGAAGGUGAGGAGAGCAGCACGGAAGAGGAAUCGGACGAGGAAGAAGAGGAGGCUCAGGUCAGUGAUGAGGAGGAGGCUGAGGAGGCUGAGCCUAUGGAAGUCGACGAUGAGGAAGCUCCUGCCAAGAUGUCGACGCCGAAGAAGUCUAAGCCAGUGGCGAUGGAAGCUGACCUGGGCGAUGCCAACUCUUCAACUGAAGACGAGGACGAGAGCAGUUCGGUUCCUGUUGAGUUUAGCUGGGACGGAUUUUCAAGUGCGUUAAGCAAGAAAGUGGAAUUUAAAGCUGAUGAUGCAUCGUCUUCCGAUGAGAAAAACGAUGAGGAGGAGGACAUUGCGAGCUUUUCCAAGUCCAGCAAGAAAAAGCGUCUACAAAGCGACGAGUGGGUGGCACUGCGUGAGAAAGCCCUCGCUAGUAGUGAGGAGGUUCCUCGGAGCGCGAGUGACUACGAGCGUCUUUUGGCUGUGUCGCCACAGAGUUCAUAUCUGUGGAUACAGUACAUGGCCUUCCACGUAUCUCUUACGGAAGUUGAUCUGGCGCGCGAUGUUGCGGUUCGUGCAACGUCAGCUGUGUCGUUCCGUGACGAGAAGGAGAAGCUGAACGUGUGGGUGGCAUACUUGAAUCUGGAGCACGAUUUUGGGGACGAUGCAAGCUUUCUGCGCGUGUUCAAGAGUGCUCUGCAAGUGAAUCACCCGAAGCGUGUAUACCUGCAUUUGGUGGACCUGUACGCACGUGCAGAAGAGCAUGAGGACGUGACGCAGACGUUGGCUACGAUGCAAAAGAAGUUUCGCACAAGCAAGCAAGUGUGGAUCCGCUCGCUGCAGUAUCUGAUUGGUGAGAAGCAGUUCUCUGACGCUGCAGAGACCCUGCAGCGCAGUCUGAAAAGUUUGGCUGCUCACAAGCACCUGCCGGUGAUCCUCAAGUACGGUCAGCUUUUGUACGAACAGGCCGAGCUAGACAAGGCCCGAACGAUUUUUGAGGGCAUCCUGGCCAACUACCCGAAGCGAAUCGAUCUAUGGAAUGUAUAUCUGGAUAAGGAGAUCAAGUUUGGAGACGUGGCUCUUGUACGCGCGCUGUUUGAGCGUCUACUGGCUAUGGAGUUUUCAGCAAAGAAGAUGAAGUUCCUGUUUAAGAAGUAUAUGCAGUUCGAGCAGGACCAAGGCGAUGACGAGCAUGUGGAGCACGUUAAGGAUUUGGCUAAGGACUUUGUUGCUAGCGCUGCAGCCAAGUAG